AUGGGCAUCCCAGCGAACCAGAAGACUGUUCUCAUCACCGGUUGCACCCCGGGAGGAAUAGGCCAUGCGCUGGCCAGAGAGUUUCAUGCGAAAGGGCUUCAUGUCAUUGCAACUGCUCGGCGCCCUGAAGUCUUGAAGGACCUUGCCGACGUGGGUAUGACGACGAUUGCUCUCGAUGUCACCAAAGCCGAGAGCAUUGCUGCGUGCAAACAGGAAGUCACCGAGUUAACCGGCGGACGUCUUGACUUCCUUGUGAAUAACGCAGGCCUUACCCACACUGUCCCUGCGACUGACAUUGACAUGGAUGAGGUUCGGCAGACAUUUGAGACGAACGUGUUUGGCGUGAUGGCCAUGGUCCAGGCUUUCGUCGACCUCCUGAUCCCAGCCCGAGGCUUAAUUAUUAUGAUCAGCAGCCUCUCUUCAAUCUCCCCAUACGUCUUCGGCUCAGUCUAUACGGCGACCAAGGGUGCUCUGAACUCUUACAGCCGUACUCUUCGCCAAGAACUCCGACCCUUCGGCGUUCGCGUCAUGGUGUCCAUGACCGGCACGGUGAAGAGCCAGAUUGCCAAGCUUAACCGCGAGCUACCACCCAAUUCCCUCUACGCCUGCGUUAAAGAGAUCUAUGCCAAACGUCUCAAAUUCUCUCAGAAUAACGCUACCGUCAGCACCGAGGACUUCGCACGACAACUUGUUGCUGAAGCCUUGAAGGGAGAAGGUUGGCUUGGUGGAUGGCUCGGCGGCGCGACAAACUGGUUCUGGGCCGGCGGAAUGGCGGCUUCCGUGAAGAUUUGCAGGUUUCUAUUCGGCGAAUGGUUGCUUGACGAACUCGCUUAUAGAACAUUUGAGUUGUCUAAGUUGGAGGCGAUUGUUCGUAGAGAAGGUGUGAAGAAAGUCGAAUAG